AUGAGCAGUUUCCACAUCGUGCUUGUAACAUUUUUAGAUAUUUUGUUGUUAAACGAAUUAACGCUGGCUCAAUAUCCCAUUGUAACCCCUCUGACAGAAUUCCCGAUAGAUUUCAAUUACGGAAACCAGUUGGGAUUUUUAUUCAAUGAUUUGUCGUUGAAGAUAAACAUUAACGGCGGAGGUUUGAACGAUACUUACACAUUUCUUCAGAUGCAGUUUCGUUGGCGUGCUGAGCAUAUCGUAAAUUGUACGCGGUAUGCUUUGGAAAUUGUUGCGAUCUUCUAUAACUCAAAAUAUGGAAAUUACUCUGGGGCUAUUCCCAAAAAAGACGAGUCACCCAAAGAAGACGGGUUUCUCAGUGUCGUUUCCUUUUAUCAGUUAUCUUCAAAGGACAAUCCCGCUUUUAAAGAAAUCGUUAAGAAAAUCCCUGCUAUUAAAAAUAAAAUUAACAAACCAGUUGCACUGGACAAAAAAAUACGCGUUGCUGAUUUCCUACCAAAAAAUACAACAACAUUCUACCGCUAUCACGGAUCUAUAACAAAACCAUAUUGCGAAGAAAUUGUAACUUUCCUAGUAUUUCCACAGCCCUCUUAUAUAUCCGAGACACAGGUUACUAUUGCAACGGAAAGCAAAAAGCACGUGUGCCGGAAGUUCGACCUUCUGCAUCCUGGUUAUUAA